AACAAGGCCUGACACUUCUGCUCCUGCAGUUGCCGCAGCAGCCCCUCCCCCCUCCACAUUGAACCCCACCUCGGGGUCACUACUGAAUGGAGUGGAUGGAGGCCCUUCACAUUUCUGGGCCACAGCCACAGUUGCAGCAGGUGCCCAGAGGUCAGAAGUCAGAUAUAACCAGAGAUCCCAGACCUCCUGGACGAGCUCGUGCCCCGAACACAAUGCCAUCUCGAGCUCCUACAGCUCUACGGGAGGCCUCCCGGGGCGAAAGCGGAGGUGGGGGCCAGCCUCAUCCCACUGUCAGUUGACCCUCAGUUCCUCAAAGACAGUGAGUGAGGACAGACCUCAGGCUGUCUCUUUGGGUCACACCCAGUGUGAAAAGAUGGCAGAUAUAGCACCAGGGCAGGCACUGGCCCUCAGGAAUGGCUCCCCCAGAUCCCAGGCCUCUAGGCCCCGUAAACGCAAGCUUCCCCUGCCACCACACAGGCAAGGGGAUCCUCUGAUGCUGCCACCUCCCUUAGAGCUGGGGUUCCGGGUCACUGCUGAAGACCUGGACCUGGAGAAGGAGGCGGCAUUCCAGCGCAUCAACAGUGAACUGCGGGCUGAGGCCAAGGCCAUCUCGGACUGUACACUGUCACGGCCUUCCCACACUUUGUCCUCACUUGCAACAGGGGCUUCUGGUGUGCCCGCUCUCUCUAAAGCACCCAGUAUGGAUGCACAGCAGGAGAAACACAAGUCCCAAGACUGCCUGGGCCCAGUGGCCCCCCCUAGCUUCUGCUGCAGAGGUCCCCUCUACAGCUCCUGUGUCUGGGAAGAAGCACAGACCACCACGCCCCCUGUUGUACUCCUCAGAUCCCCAUCCUGCCACCUCUUCCCACUCACGGGACUCAGCCCAGGUCACCUCGCUGAUUCCUGCCCCCUUCCCAGCUGCAAGCAUGGAUGCGGGCAUCAGAAGAACAAGGCCUGACACUUCUGCUCCUGCAGCUGCCGCAGCAGCCCCUCCCUACUCCACAUUGAACCCCACGUCAGGGUCACUACUGAAUAGAGUGGAUGGAGGCCCUUCACAUUUCUGGGCCUCAGCCACAGCUGCAGCAGGUGCCCAGAGGUCAGAAGUCAGAUAUAACCAGAGAUCCCAGACCUCCUGGACGAGCUCGUGCCCCGAAGGAAAUGCCAUCUCGAGCUCCUACAGCUGUACGGGAGGCCUCCCGGGGAUAAAGCAGAGGAGCGGGCCAGCCUCAUCCCACUGCCAGCUGACCCUCGGUUCCUCAAAGACAGUGAGUGAGGACGGACCUCAGGCUGUCUCUUCCAGUCACACCCAGUGUGAAAAGACAGCAGAUAUAGCACCAGGGCAGACACUGGCCCUCAGGAAUGGCUCCCCCAGAUCCCAGGCCUCUAUGCCCCAUAAGCGCAAGCUUCCCCUGCUGCCACGCAGGCAAGGGGAUCCUCUGAUGCUGCCACCUCCCUUAGAGCUGGGGUUCCGGGUCACUGCCGAAGACCUGGACCUGGAGAAGGAGGCGGCAUUGCAGCGCAUCAACAGUGAACUGCGGGCUGAGGCCAAGGCCAUCUCCGACUGUACACCGUCACGGCCUUCCCAUGCUUUGUCCUCACUUGCAACAGGGGCUUCUGGUAUGCCCGCUGUCUCUGAAGCACCCAGUAUGGAUGCACAGCAGGAGAGACACAAGUCCCAAGACUGCCUGGGCCCAGUGGCUCCCCUAGCUUCUGCUGCAGAGGUCCCCUCUACAGCUCCUGUGUCUGGGAAGAAGCACAGACAACCAGGCCCCCUGUUCUCCUCCUCAGAUCCCCUUCCUGCCACCUCUUCCCACUCCCGGGACUCAGCCCAGGUCACCUCGCUGAUUCCUGCCCCCUUCCCAGCUGCAAGGAUGGAUGCGGGCAUCAGAAGAACAAGGCCUGGCACUUCUGCUCCUGCAGCUGCCUCAGCAGCCCCACCCCCCUCCACAUUGAACCCCAUGUCGGGGUCACUACUGAAUGGAGUGGAUGGAGGCCCUUCACAUUUCUGGGCCACAGCCACAGCUGCAGCAGGUGCCCAGAGGUCAGAAGUCAGAUAUAACCAGAGAUCCCAGACCUCCUGGACGAGCUCGUGCACCAAGCGAAAUGCCAUCUCGAGUUCCUACAGCUCUACGGGAGGUCUCCCGGGGCUAAAGCGGAGAAGGGGGCCAGCUUCAUCCCAGUGCCAGCUGACCCUCAGUUCCUCAAAGACAGUGAGUGAGGACGGACCUCAGGCUGUCUCUUCGGGUCACACCCAGUGUGAAAAGAUGGCAGAUACAGCACCAGGGCAGACACUCGCCCCCAGGAAUGGCUCCCCCAGAUCCCAGGCCAAUAGGCCCCGUAGACGCAAGUUUCCCCUGCUGCCACGCAGGCGAGGGGAGCCUUUGAUGCUGCCACCUCCUUUGGAGCUGGGGUUCCGGGUCACUGCUAAAGACCUGGACCUGGAGAAAGAGGCGGCAUUCCAGCGCAUCAACAGUGAACUGCGGGCUGAGGCCAAGGCCAUCUCGGACUGUACACCCUCAUGGCCUUGCCACACUUUGUCCUCACUUACAACAGGGGCUUCUGGUGUGCCUGCUGUCUGUAAAGCACCCAGUAUGGAUGCACAGCAGGAGAGACACAAGUCCCAAGACCGCCUGGGCCCAGUGGCCCCCCUGGCUUCUGCUGCAGGGGCCCCCUCUACAGCUCCCGUGUUUGGCACGGAACACAGACCACCAGGCCCCCUCACGUUCUCCUCCUCAGAUCCCCCUCCUACCACCUUUUUCUACUAAUGGUACUUCUGGUACUCAGCCCAGGUCAUGUGGCAGAUUCCUGCCCCCUUCCCAGCUGCAAGCAUGGACGGAAGCAUGAGAAGCCCACAGCCUGGCACUUCUGGAGCCAGUUCUAGCCCUACAGCCGCACCCACGGUAAUUCGGAGUAGAGUCGGAUCCACGUCUGCAUUCCGUCAGAAGAAAAUCUUUUAAGAGAAAGGACCAAAGGAAAUAGGGCAUGAGGGGGCCUGAACACCCAGGGGGCCCCCCAGGCAGAGCACUUCCAUGGUGACCGUGGGACCUGGCACGGGGAGCAACUCUGUUGGGUGGCACUUCUGUCUUUACUUUCCAUCACAUCCCUGGGGGACCAUUUAAACCGACGCCUGCAAUUGCAAGUCGGGGAUCCAGUGCCACUGCAAACAAGGCAGGCUUCACGUGCAAGUCUGGGCCGGCCUCUGACCCUAGCAACUCCACUUCCCGCAUGGGCACAGCAAGGAGGAAUCUGGCUUCUAAGGCUCCCUCAUGCGCUGUCAGGAGUUCUGCUGGACACAAGUCCAAUGCGCCAUCCUCCAGCUCAUCCUUCUCCAUGUCGGGCUUUUGAGCCCAUCAUAAAUUCCUAGAGUGAGGUCCAGAAGAGUUGUGUCUAUGUUUCCUUCCAAUAUUUUUGUAGUUUCGUAUCUUAACAUUCACAUUUCCGUCUGGAAUCUAUCUCGAGGUGAUUUUUCUAUAUGCUGAGAGAUAAGGGUCCAGUUUCAUUCUUCUGCAUGUGGCUAUCCAACCCUCCCAGUACCAUUCAUUGAAGAGGGUGUCCUUUCCCCAGUGUGUGUUUCUGUCGGCUCUGUCAAAGACCAAUUGGCUGUGAAUAUGUGUCUGUCUUUCUGGGUUAUCUCAUCUGUCCCAUUGAUCUAAGUGUCUAGUUUUAUGCUAGGAUUAUACUAUUUUGGUUACUAUGCACUUGUCAAAAAUUUUGUAGUCUAAUUUGCAGUGAAAUGGGAUGCCUCUAGUUUUGUUGUUUUUGCUGAGCAUGACUUUGGGUCUUUGAGCUCUUUUUUGGUUCUUUUUUUAUGAAUUUUAGGACUUUCCAGUUCUGUGAGUGAUGACAUUGGUAUUUUGGUAGGGGUUGUAUUGAAUCUCUAGACUGCUUCGGGCAGUAUGGUCAUUUUAAUGCUAUGAAUUCCUUCCACGAGCAUGAAAUGAUUGUCCAUUUCUUUCUGUCCUCUUAAACAUUUUCAUCAGUGUUUUGUAGUUUUCCUUGUAGAAAUCUUUCACCUCCUUGGUAAAAUUUCUUCUGUGGCAUACAUCUUUCCAUGUUGUUGCUAUUGUAAAUGGGAUUGCCUUCUUAAUUUCUUUCCCAACCAGACCAUUAUUGGUAUAUAGAAAUGCUGCUGAUUUUUUUUGUUGUUGUUUUUGAUUCUGUAUCCUGCAAAUGACUGUAUUAAUUUAUUUAUCAAGUCUAGGGGUUUUCUGGUGGAGCCUUGAUAUGUUUCUAGAUCCAAGAUCACAUCUUCAUCAGACAAGGAUAAUUUGAUGUCCUCUUUUCCAGUGUGGAUGCCUUUUAUUGUUUUCUCUUGCCUGAUUGUGUGAUGUGGAAUAGGAGUGGUGAGAAUGGGCAUCCUCGUUUUGUUCCUGUUUACAGAGGAAAUGCUUUCAACUUUCCCCUAUUCUAUAAUAGGUUAGCUAUGGCUUUGUUGUAUCAGCUUUUAUUAUUCUCAGUAAUGUUGUUUUGUUUGUUUGUGUUUUUUGAGACAGAGUCUUGCUCUUGCCACCCAGGCUGGAGUGCAGUGUUGUGAUCUUGGCUCACUGCUACCUCCGCCUCCUGGGUUCAAGCGAUUCUCCUGCCUCAGCCUCCUGAGUAGCUGGGAUUACAGGUGCCUGCCACCACACCUGGCUAAUUUUUGUACUUUUAGUAGAGAUAGGGUUUCACCAUGUUGGCCAGGCUGGUCUCGAACUCCUGACAUCAAGUGAUCCACCCACCUCAGCUUCCCAAAGUUCUGGGAUUACACGCAUGAGCCACUGCACACAGCCCUACCAUUUUAAGGAUCCAGGGUGCACACCCAUCUCCAGCCCAGGGCAGCUCCCCUGUAAGCUGGGUGAGCUACUGAAGCCAAGGCGGGAGGCGGCUGACAGCACCCACGGCCCAUGUGGAGGUGAUGGAAAGGCUGGACUCAGCAGCAACACCAAAUCCCGGACCAGACAGAAACCACCCAAGACUGAGGGGCUCGUGCCAGAGCGCUGGCCACAG